UGCAGCGCCUCCAUUUUGGCUAUCGUACUUGUGUUAUCUUUUUAGAUUUUAAACAUGAUAAACAGCCUAUUUGUAAUCAAUAAUGUCGGGUAAGUAUGAAACAUGAAGCAAAAAGAUACAUGUAUUCGUAUCUGCAUCGAUAACGGUAACUGUCUCAGCGCUUGCUAUGUUUUUUGACAUGUUCCAUUUCUGUCUCCUAACAGUGACAUAUUCAUUGAAAAGCACUGGAAAAGUGUAAUUGGUAGAUCCGUAUGUGAUCAUUUCUUCGAAGCUCUGAACAAGGUAAAUUAAAAAACGAUUUUCACAAAGGGCUUGUUAGUAAAGUAGUAGUCAUUUAACAGUAAGUGUCUUCUUUAUAGCUUUGAAAUCAUGCAGAAAGUGGAAGUGGUCCUAGUUUCAUUCACGUGACAAACACAAACAAUCGUUUCAAGACUGUGUCCCUGGGUAAUACAGGAAAAAUAAGAGACUUUGAACGGUUCUACCGAUUAGAUUAGAGGGUAGACGUUUUCAAAAUUUUUGAAAGUCUUAAAAUUUCCUUGAAACCAUCAUCCUUGUGGUUCCAUUAAUUACCAAAUCUUUUGACACAAAAUUUAUUUGCUGUAUGGCAUUGGUUAUGAUUUUAAAGUUAAUGUAAAGGUAGUUCUUUCAUCACAUGCUGGUUUAUGGCAAAUACCUUGAUCAUAUAUGAGUAACACCUGAUUGGCUACCUGGGAGCUCAUGCUAAAACUCUCUUUGUAUUGGGUCUUACAUCUUCAACAGUGCUUCAACCAUUUUGGGUCCUAAUAAUAAUAAUGAUAAUAAUAAUGAUAACAAUAAAACUAAUAUAAUAAAAUCUAAUUGCUGAAAACAGUGUUUACCACCUAUCACUGAGAUACUUUAAAAAUUUAAAAAAUAUAUAAAACAUGUAUAUGGUUGUUCAAGAUUCUUUAAAAAGUAAGAGAAAAUGGUUUGACUGAAUUUACAGUGUAUGUCAGACUAGUGUUCAAUCUUGAAGCAUAUGUAGGAAGCUGCAUUUUUAAAGGUAACAUUUGAUUGGGUAAAUCUUUUUAAGGGAAUCUUCAUUUGGGUAAGGAAGAGUUUUCUUUCUGGAAAGGCUUUGACUUCCAUAAACAAAUAUGGUUCUGAUAUGGGAUGUCUCAGGAAGAUACCCACUUUUAACUUCUGCUUGGGUUGCUCCUUGAAUGUUACAGACAUGUUUACUUUAUUCUAUUUAUAAACAUUUAUGUUUGUGUAUGUAAUUAUUUAAAAAUUAGAGUGAUGCUAAGUUGUAUCUUUGUUUUGAUUAGGCUAAUUCACCUGAUGAUGUUCCUGCAGUGAUUGCAGCUCCCCAUCAUUACCUCAUAAGCAUCUACAGGAACAGCCUGUUUUUCCUGGCAGUAGUUCAGAGUGAAGGUACAUGUAGGCUUUUAAUGCAAAGUACUCUCUCACAGCUAAUAUUACAGAAAUACAGUGUGCACCAUUUACUUGGUGACAGGCAUUGUACAUGCAGUGGUUUGAUAACUGUUUUAAGUUUUAGUUAAUAGUAAUAAUCUAAUGAUAAAAUAAGCUCUCAAAUUACUAGAAAAAAGCAUUUUUUGCCUUAUGCAAUAUGCCUUUCGAUGAAUAUUCUGGAGAGGUGUAUUUGGUUUAUUACUAAAUGAUAUACAUGUAGUUUUGGUGGUCUCAGGGGACUUUUGAACACUUCUCUCCGAUUGUUUGGGACUCAAAUGAAGACUUUGCCAUAAUAGAACUUUGGCGUGUAAAGUGGAAGGUCUGAGAGGUUGUAACACACAGAAACUGAUGUAAAGUAUUUAUUUAUUGUUUAAUAAUUGUUGUUCUUUCAUUUUCUUUUCAGUGCCACCACUUUUUGUGAUAGAGUUUUUACACAGAGUUGUGGACACAUUUACUGAGUAUUUUAACAGUUGUACUGAAACAUCCAUUAAAGAGAAUGUUGUCAUAGUAUUUGAGGUGAGGAGGUAUAUGAAGCACUCUAAAUAUCAUUCCUCUUAGAAAAAAAGCCUUAAGCUUUAAAAUUGAUAUACCUUUGAAGUAUAUGUAUUUUGAUUCAAUUUUAACUUUUUUUCCAGUUAUUAGAGGAGAUGCUUGAUAAUGGCUUUCCUUUGGCAACGGAACCUAACAUCUUACGAGAACUCAUUAAUCCUCCCAGCAUUGUCAGACAAGUUAUGAACACAGUGACUGGUGGAUCACAGUAAGCUUGACUGUCUUAUGUUGUCCUUUUGAGGAUUAGCAGAUUGGACUAUAGUACCUACAAGUUCAUUUUGUGCAAUGUUUACAAAACUUGAAAUCUGACAAAUGCUGUUUUUUUCAUGAACAUUUCAUUUUAGUGUUGGCACCCACCUUCCAACUGGUCAACUUUCUAAUGUUCCUUGGAGAAGAACUGGAGUCAAAUAUAGUCAUAAUGAGGUAUAACAGUAGACCAGUGUAAUGAAACUCUUGUUUCAAGUUGCAGAAAACAAUCAACUGAGAUAAAAAAAAGUUUAUGGAAAACCAUAGUCUCUGGCUGUCUAGGAUUUUUCCAUGCAUCCAUAUCAUAACAGGAUAAUAAUAAUAAUAAUAAUAAUAAUAAUAAUUAAUAUACUACUUCUUGGCAAGACAAAAGCUGACAAGACCUUAUUUAACAUGCAAAAGGCAGUAAUAUCAAGUACACUGAACAUUACCAGAUCAUUUAAAGUACUUUCAUAAUAGUUCAUUUCAACAAACAAAUCCUUAUAAAAACAUAUAAUAUUAAUCAAGUUUUAAAAUAUUUUUAUGAAAAGUCUUAUUAGCUAAUUACUUAAAUAUAGAAAUUUUUUAUAUCUUUUAAUAUUUUAAGAAUUUCAAAAUUUUUUUUUUCUCUUUUUUCUCUCUCUCUCUUUUUUUUUUUUUGAUGGACAAAAGCGAACAGUUAUGGACACUAAUUUUUUAAUGCAUAUAAACAAAUUAGAUAUAUAGUUUUAGAUGUGUAAAUAUAUAUUUAUAGGUUUUGUUUUCUCGGUCACAGCUAGCCUGCCCGACUUAACGUAAUCAUGCCUAGGCAUACUUAAGUAUACACUGCCACAUAAUAAUAAUAAUAAACUUUAUUAAAGUGUCAAAACCAUGUAGCCUGGGAGAACCCAUACUAAUAAGGGGACACAUAUUAGUGUAAAAUAUAAUACAGAAUUAAAAGACUAAGACAUCUACAUUAAAAUAUGAGUAUUAAGGUAAAAAAGGUAAAAAAGGUAAAAAAGUCAUGUUAGCAGACGAUACAACCCUUGCAGUCAGUUUCUAUUAAUGCAGCAAGAUCUUUGCCAUGAAUGUGCCUUGUAGGAUGUAGAAGCAAAUUCUUAGAGCAACACUAAGGGAAGGUUUGUUAGGUGCUGAAAGAUUUUUUGAUUCGUACUGCUUUUUUGCUAAUAAAGAUAAACUAUUUCAUGAAACUAGGUCCUGCUCAUUCUUGCUUGAUACAGUGAGAGAAUCUUGAAAAUAAGUAAUCAUCUCAUGUACUGACUGGAAAUUGUUUUAUUGUUCUUUGCAGAUUUAUUUUGAUGUCAUUGAGGAAAUUGAUUGCAUCAUUGACAAACAUGUAUGUACUCUGUCAAAGAUUUGAUACAUCAUAAAUUUGGCAAUUGCUGUUUUAUUUAUGGCUCAGCACUGAAUUUGUGUCUUUUCUUUACAGGGAUCAACAGUUUUUACAGAGAUCCAAGGAGUGGUUAGUGACAAUGUGAAUUUUUUCCUCCUGUAACUGAAAUUCAAUUCCCAAUUUCGGAAUAUUGUUGGACAGCUUUUAUCUGAAAGGAAUUUAUAAUUAAAAUCAUUUUUUUAUAUGCAGUUAUUGUUUUUGGCUUUGAUUUAGAUUGACUCAUGUUGUAAGCUGUCAGGAAUGCCAGAUCUCUCACUCUCAUUUGUGAACUCAAGAUUGUUAGAGGAUCCAAGUUUUCAUCCUUGUGUGAGGUUAAAGAGAUGGGAAGUAAGUUUUUAUUAUACAAGUAUCUUAUACCAGUUACAUGUUCUAAUUAAAAGACUGAAAGCUUCUAUUUUCAGCUAUAUCAUCAUCACACAGAAAGUUAUACAAAUUCAUUUAGUUUGUAGGACUUCCUUCAUUUCAUAUUGCACUCAGGACCUAGUUAUCAGCAGCAAUUUUAGAGCAUGGUAGUAAUCUUAUGCAUUUUUCUCUGAUUUCUAUAUAUGAAUCGUCUAUUCUUUUUUGUAAGAGCUGGCUUUGUUCCUUCUUCUUUAAUUCUGAUUCAAAGGCCUCUAUAUUUUUCAGGGAGAGAAAGUUUUGUCAUUUGUUCCUCCUGAUGGAAAUUAUAGACUUUUGUCUUACCACAUCACCUCUGGGUAAGUUCAUUCCAUGUGCUUGUCCAUUGUUUAUCUAAGUAUUUAUCCAAUUACUACUUCAUUCAAAGUGAUAUUAUUCAGUUGAUAAGUCUGCUUUUCCAUUGAUUAGUCUUUAUCUUCCAUGUAUAGAACUGUUGCAAUUCCUGUUUAUGCAAAACCUCAGAUCUCUUAUCAUGAGGUAAGAAAAACUGUUUUGUGGAUUUUUUUUUCUUUUUUGACUGAGGUUUCAAAGAUUAAGAUGUACUUAACAACAUAUCUUUAGAAUUCCUGUAGUGAUGAAUGCACAUAGUUGGCAUCAUCAAGUGAGUUGAUAACAUAAGUUGGUUACCAUAAAGAGUUUCAAAGCUGACAUUUUUUAGCAUAAUUCCUUCAUCAGAGCAAAUGAUGAAGUCGCAUACACUCAUGUCAGCUUUGAAACCCUUUGUUGUGGCGAAUUUACAUUUAUCGACUCAGUUGAUGAUACCAAAUUAUCCUGUUAUACUCUCCCACCAAUGCAGCACCAUGGUUUCUUUAGAAACUUACCCCCUUUAUUCAUCAGUGCACAUAUACUGUAGAUAAGCUACCAGCUGGCCUGUUGUAGAAUACUCUGUAUUUACAGUAAAUUUCUAGAACUCUAGUUAUGGCAUCUGUGAAAUGAGUUACAUCUACAGUACAUGUGUAUUAUGCAGAGUAAUUUUGAAACCAAUAGAUAUCAUGACAAUCAUAGUAUUAUCCAAUUAGCAAUUUCUUCAGGAUUUCAAUUUCCUUUUCAAUAUGUGUCAGAGAGCAUUGCACAUUUAUUUCUUCUUUGCAAGAUUAAGGCCUACCAGUAGGUAGAUUUUUUGUGCCAUCCAUGUAAAAUUUUCUUGCGAUUGAGCAAAAUUAUUUCAUGCAUAUUUUGGUGACACCUAUCCUAGAAUUGAAUGAGCUUAUAAAGUAGAUGACACCUUUCAUUUAUCAUACGAUUGGUUGAAGGUGGGAUUUUGGCUUUGGCACAAUGUACAGAAGUCACUCUCUUGGAUAUCUUCCCAAAAUGCCUUUAAAAGUGUAAUCAUUGUUAUUAUUAGGGUGGUUCUGGAAGGUUUGAUCUCACUGUGGGACCCAAGCAAACUAUGGGAAAAGUGGUGAGUAUACAUAAAUGUUGUACCAAAAACUAAUCCACAAAAAGAAUACAUUAAUGCAACAAUUCUUCACUCCUAAGUGUUUGUUAUAGCAAUGAAAUUAUUCUGAUACAUACAUUGUACUGAUGCAAGUUGUUGGCAUUCAGUUGAGGUUUCUCUGUUUGUUUUGAGGUGGAAGAUGUGGUGGUGACAGUUCCAUUCCCCAAGCAAGUCCUGAAUGUGAAUCUUACUCCAUCAGGUUGGUUGAAUUGUUAGAUAAAACAUUUCAGUCUGUAAAUGUAACUACCAUUGUUAAUGUGCAAGGGGUUGCAAGGGAUUAGGGCUUUCUUCACUUGCUUAGUUUGCUACAUGUAAAAAUAAGUUUGCUUGCCAGCUAGUCAUGCCAUUUUUCAUACUACUCAUGUUAACAGUGAAUUCAAGAAUAGAAUAACUUACAUAACUCAAAUUAUUUCUUUCUUUCUUUUUCUUUAUUUCUUUAUUUUUUUUGUUUACCUUUUUGUUACUUUUAUUACUAUUCCAGUGGGAACAUGUUCCUUUGAUCCUGUAAAGAAGGAGCUUGUCUGGGAAGUAAGUUUAUAACCACUCGUACAUCUACUUUAACCCUCUAACUCCCAAGAUCUGAUUGCUAAUUGUCCCCUCCAGCUGCUACACAUUUCUUUGUAACAAGUUCAGAGAAUUUGGCAUUAGAUCAAGAUAUUAACUUCCACUUGAGAAGUUUGAGUAUUCUCAUAACCUGUUGGCUGGAUAAUGUAUGGAUAUUGUAGAGUUAGAGGGAUAACUACUUGUUUACUCAUAAGAACGUUUCACUCUUCUGGCCACCUCUAUCUUGUCAUCAAGUGGGGUUUGCCAUAACCACAGGUAACCCAAGCCUGAUAUACUAGUACACCUAAACUGUACUACUAUGAUGCAAGAAGGUUAUAUAGGGUACUUGCUACAACAACCAAAAAAGUCAAUGAUCUCAGUGAAAGAAAAAAAACCUUUACUUUUGCAAAGUGGUGUGUUGUCUUUCUUGUUUAUCGAGGUUAUGGUCAAAUUCCUUUAAGGAUUAAACAAGUCAGUUAUCUAAGUUAAAGGGGGAAAAACGCUGCUUUUUCUAGUGUGGUUUAUUGAAUGAUUCCUUAAAUUUCUAUUACUCCUUAGUGGUACAUGUAUGUAUGUACUGGUAUAUUGAGCCUCAGCUUUGCAUAGUAACUGUACAGUUCAUGAGUUUGCACCCAUAGCAUGUAGAACAGAAUGUCAAAUUGUAUCCUGUUUCAAGGCUGCUCCGUAGGUUCUAUAGAUCCUAUAAACUCUGUCAUUGAUGAGACUCAAAAUCUUUCUGACAUGUUUUGUUUGACGAAGAGAUUGUCAAAUUUCAAAAUCUACUGUGUAUGUCUAUAUGAAGCCAUAGAUCUGUUUGAGUUGUUAAGUAAUGUGACCUAUUGCUUUUCCUCCUCUAGAUUGGUAAAAUACUACCCCAGAGGUUACCAAAUCUAAGAGGAAAUGUAAGUUCAAUUUUAUAUAAGGAUACUUUUUAAAGAGCUACUUUAUUAUGCCUUGCAAAAUCACCCUUAACUGGAAUGAGGGUAUAAGCUGUUUUGUUUACAAGAGUGAAAAAGUCAAUAGGAGAAAGAUCAACCCUUUACACAGUGACAUCAGUAUGCAUAUUCUCCCUACUAUUCUCUGUACAUUUCCUAAGGUGCUGAAAAGGGAGAAAUUGCUUAACAAUCAAGAGAUCCAGCGACCUUUAGAUGGUGGUAGUUGGUGAUCAUUUCCUUAAUUUUCCUGACCUUAAUGCUUGAUUCAAGGAUGAUCUUGUAAGGAGAAAUUAGAUGCUAGUCACUCUUACGCGAAGUUUAAAAAUCUUGGCUAAAAUUUUCAGUGAUAAAGUAAGCGUGACUCAACCUCAAUCGGCACAUUGUACACACAUACACACGCAAGUCCGUCAUAGCCGUUCUUUAGUCUUGUCGCGAUGUUUAGUCUUGAAACACCCAACGCAAUGCAACGGUGAAAGAAAGGUCUUCUUCUAGAUAAGACCAAUCAAGAGUUGCGAAGCAGGGUAAUGAAUGGUGGGCUGUUCCAAAAUUUAUGGUGGGUCGAUAUAGGCCAAAGGGAUUUGUAACUUUUAUAACAGCUAUUAUUAAUACUGAUAGUGACGUUGUAGCACAACAAUAACUAAAAUUGAGGUUUUUAUUUAUUUAUUUUUUUCAGAUGUCUCUUCAGACUGGAGCCCCUCCGCCCGACGAAUCUUGUACAAUGUCUGUAAGUGAUAUUCUUUAUACUCACUUCCCUAAAUUUCGUGCUCUAGGAAAGGCAGUUCAUCGGCAAAUAAGACAGUGCAUUCCGCUGAUCCUAGCAGCCGGUGGGACUCACGUUACAUAAUCACCCACCAUGAAGCAUGAAAGUCAUACGCUUGGCAAUUUUUCUCUUCCAGGAAUUAAUUUUUGCGAAGACGUAAAAUGUCUAACUUUCGUAACCUGACGAGUUUCAGCACACUCCACUUUGUAUAGAGAUAGUACUGGAUGAUGUUACGAUCUAGUACAAUCUAGUACGAUCUGAUACGAUCUAGUACCAACUAGUACGAUCUAAUACGAUCUGGUACCAAUUAGUGCGAUCUAGUACGAUCUAAUACGAUCUAGUACCAACUAGCACGAUCUAAUACGAUCUGGUACCAAUUAGUGCGAUCUAGUACGAUCUAAUACGAUCUAGUACCAAUUAGUGUGAUCUAGUACGAUGUAGUACGAUGUAGAACGAUGUAGAACGAUCUAGUACGAUCUAUAAUGUCUUUAUUCCAUCAUAAGAUAAAACUACAUAUCUUAUGUUACAAUGAAUUGAAAAAACUACAGAAAUCUACAUACAUAUUAUGAAUUAAAAAGUAUAUCAUCACAAUAAAUGGAGCUUAAAUAUCAACCUAUUUACAAAUGUGUUCAUAAAGCGCUGUGUAUUAAUUUUCGGGCGCGCGCAGCCUUUAUUCCUGAGAUUGUGUAGAUAUGUCUUUUGGACAGGAAUGAUAUCUUUCAGGGGUGGCAAUCCGUUGAUUUUAGUUUCUUCAAAAUGUUUCUGUCUUGUUUGUUUAAAAGGUUCUUGAUAAAAACUGGAAAUGAGAUAAAACCGCGUUCAUGACAUCGGUCUAAAAAUUUUUGUACAACCGUAAGAUCGGACUCAGAUGCCCCAUAGACUGAAAGUGCAUAGCUAAAAUUAGCCAAAACAAUCGAUAUAAAAAGAUGAUCAAUCUCUGCCUGAGAGUAAUGUUCCUUUCUCAAUGUUCGUAGGACGUGUAAACACUUGUUUGCUUUGACAAGUUUAGUUCUUACAUGCUCAUCAAAUUUUCCAUCACUCUGUAAAGUUACUCCUAAUAAAACGAAGCUAUUACAUUGGGGAAUAUUAUUAAUUGGAGAGUAGAGUACAUUAUGAUUUUUCUUUCUAACAACCAGCUCUUUACAUUUGCAAGGGUUGCAGACCAUUCUAUUGUCUUUACACCAUGUUAAGAACUGUCCUACUAAGUCGGCAGACGGGUCACUAUUCCUAGUGAUAGGCGAAAGAAUAGUGGAAUCAUCGGCAUAUUUAAAAAGCACAGGGCAACCAUUAAAAAAAAUCUCCAAAUCGUUCAAAAAUAUAUUAAAAAGAUACGGUCCGCUUACACUACCUUGUGUGGUUCCUCUAUUGACAAGUUUCCACUGUCCUAAAAAUUAUAACUAACAACACGCUGUUGUCUUGCAUAGAGGAAACUAUGAUACCAAUUGAUAAUGUACGGAUUUAGAGGUAGCUGUUUCAGUUUGGCAGACAAAAUAGCAUGGUUCACAAAAUCGAAAGCCUUACUGAAGUCCAUGGUAAAAAUUCGCACUGCGCUAUAGUCACUACUAUCUAAAUACUUGUAUGUCUGGUGCUGGAUAGCGAGCAAGGCAUUUGUGCAACUACCCGCCUGUCUAUAUGCAAAUUGGGUGUGGCUCAGGUUGCUCUCAAUGACUGACUGUGCUUGUGUACGAUACACGACCUUCUCAAACAACCGGGCAAUAACGGGAGUAACAUUAAUACCACGGUAGUCCGAGUCCUCUAUAGGCAUGUUCACUUUGGGGAGAGGGUUAACAUUUGCCCUUUUCCAGGAGUCUGGCCAUGUAUGAGUAGACAGCGACAGAUUCCAAACGUGAGUGACGAUUGGUGUGAGUAGCUCAGCACAGUCUUUCCAGAUCCAGUACGGGAGGUCGUCUGGUCCCGUUGCGGUUUUCUUUACAUGAACUAAGGUAUUCCAGACACACCGCUCAGAUAUUUUCGGGGCUUUACACUGUCCGGGAUAUCCAUAUCACUAGGUCUAACGUAAGUGUCAUCAUAGCACAGGUUGGCGAAGUAGUCGUUCAGACGAACUAGGGAGUUCUUGUCCAAAUUUAUCAACGAUGACCUGCGACGCUGCGAUAGGGCGUCCACGCCCUUCCACCACUCACCGCUACCAAUGGCAGCCAGUUUUCUUCUGUUCUCGGUUAUCAGCUCAGAAAUGCGCUUAUUAAAUAAAGACAGGCGUUCCUUAUUCUUUAAAGAUAUAUGGGACUUAGUCCUCAGCAUACACUUGACUAAUGGGGACAUCCAAACUGGGUCACGCGAUGACAUGCGUACAGAUUUUUGCGGCUUAAACUUAUUCAUCACUGCACGAAUCUUUACCUCAAGCACCUCGACCGCCUUGUUUAUGUCCACCUCCUUGAGGACGUCACUCCAGUCCAGCGCAGUGAGUGCCAUAUAAAAUGACUGUUUCCGAUGUUCCCUACAGUCCCGCACGAGAACUUUGCGGCGCAUAGGUUUAAGCUUUAAUCCCGCCGGUAAAACAAAGCCCUCAUGGUCUGUCUUAAUAAGCAUAUGUAUGGAAUAUGCUUGACCGAACAGAUCCGCUCGGUUGGUCAUACAGUUAUCCAAGCACGCGUUACCCCGCGUGGGAAAAUCAACCACGAAAUCCCAGCCAGACAAAGCCUUAAAUUCUUGCAUAUCCAAACGAUUUACAUCGCCACCACAGACAAUAGCCGCUUCUGGGUGUUUGUUCAACACAAUGUCCACAAAGGAUAUUAUAUAAUUAAUCAAGUCGAGAUCCCGGUAGCUAUGCUUGGGAGGAUUAUACAGGCCGCAAAUUAGCAUAAUGUGAUCGGACGGCAUCUAGUACGAUCUAGUACGAUCUAGUACGAUCUAGUACAAUCUAGUACGAUCUAGUACGAUCUUCCUCUUCAUAUACCUCAGUAGGUCAAACAAAAAACUUGACCCGCCUCCCACCGCCCUUUUUAGUGCUCCCGUUGGUUCCACAAAGCGAGCACACUAACUUAUUUUCAUAAAUUUGUCGCAGAUUAAAUUCAAGAUCUCCCAGCUCGCAGCCUCAGGCCUCAAAGUCAGCAGAUUGGAUAUUUAUGGAGAGGUAAACUGAAUAAACUUUGGUGUCAGAAUAAUUUUCAGGUGUUUCCUUUUAAACAUCAGAACCACCAGUUCCACCUCCAGGUCUCUCUAUCAUAACGCGAAUCGGUUAAUAUUUUUAACCUUUUGACUCCCAGAAGUGAUCAACAUAAAACUUCUCUCUAUAAUAUCAAUACAAUAUACAGCAAACCGGUGAUUCGAAUACUAAAAAUUAUCAGUGAGAAGUUUUUAUCUUGAUCCAACGCCAAAUUCCUCAACCAAUUUAUGUGUAGCAGCUGAAGGGGAAAAUUAUAAUAAGAUCUAAGAUUUAAAGGGUUUAGAAGAAAGAAAUCUAAAAGCACCGAUAUCAAAGGAAUAUUGGAUUGUAAUGUGCACACGACUCAGGGGUGAAUUUUCAGCAAUCGGCGUGAUCAUACAAACUGUUUAUAUCACCAAACAGAGGCUAUUCGUUGCUGUCGCAGGAAAAUCGACAAGUGCGUUCAAUGUUCCUAAACAACUUCGUAGAAAUGUAGCGCAACCGAAGGGCUACGUUUUUUUCUCUCUCUGUCAGGGGGGUUAAAAAAUUGUUAAAGAUCCAUUCGCAUGCAGUUAUAGAGUAACACUGUGUUUCUUCUAAUACACCCUUUACACCCCAACAUCAGUAUGCAUAUUCUCCGCACUGUUCUCUAUACAUUUCCUGAGGUGAUGACGAGGAGUUUUGCUUAACAAUCAAGGGCUUCUUUAGUUGGUGAUCAUUUCCUUUGUUCUCAUGACCUUAAUGUUUGAUUCAGGGGCGAUAUUGUGAGGAGAAAUUUGAUCCUGGUCACUAUAAGGGGUCAAUGGGUCAAAGAUUGCUUUGACUGUAGACUUGGCUUUAAAGAAGAUAAUUAAUUGAAAGUCGUGUUUCAGAGCAUUACAACUUACAGCUCAUUUGUUCUAUCUGUCUUUCUCUACAGAAAUACAAGCCUUUCAAAGGAGUGAAAUAUCUCACUAAAGCAGGGAAAUUCCAAAUUAGAGUGUAGAGAAAUAUAUUUUACCAAAAAUACCACAGCUAAUAGUGCUGAUAAUAUUAAUAAUUGUUACUACGAGAUCUAUAGUGAAUCACUGGUCAGUGGAGAUAUUUCUCUGGCACAGUGUCUCUGAAUGUUUUCUUUUAAAUUCAGAAAUGUUUGAAUUUUUAGGGGGCUGUAAAAUGGCCCACCAUCUUGUAUUGUCAUACUGAAGGAAGCCAUGAUUGGACAGAAUCGUUUAACUUACGCGAAAACCUCGUUUUCUUAUCUUUGAGGCGCGAAGAGAUACAAAUCACUUUGGGUAGAAAACGCUUUGGACGAGAUAAGGUGCCCAAGUGUUGAUGGUUCUUAAUUUUAAGUCAAGAGAGGGGGGAAAGGGAGAGGGUGGGGUAAUUUGUCACCCCAGACGCUGUUGAUUUCCUAGGAUCACGAGUGUUUGGGUUUCACACAUAGCAGUUCCAGGGUGUUCGUUUUCCUGGUGAUUUCACGAAUGUAUGGCCAGAAGUUGCGUUCUCUCCUUAACUACAUGUAAACAAAAUUAAAAUAUAGGAUUGAGUGCUACUGGGGAUGAAAAGUAGAGAUAAACUUUACAAGAGGGAGAAUGUCUCAGGUGUAAUGACCAAAUAAAGGUAACAACGAUUACAAACCAAAUCACAUAUUUAUGACGAAUCUCAGGUUGGCUAUAUAUUCAGCGCGUGCAGUGGCCACCGUGCUGCAUUGCCGCCGUAUCUCACGUUAUUACCUCCCUCCGAUCUCGGAUACUUCCGUCUAAUUUCGCACAUAUUCCGUCAGAUGUCCAAAGGGACAAGUUAAUUGAACUAAGAUGUAUCAAACCUCGAGCCACAGUGCAAAUUACAUGUAAUUUACUCCUCCUC